AUGGGGAGGAACGGGGCGAGCCCCCUCCAACCCACCCGCGCUAGGUCCUGGGAGCUGCUGGCGGAGGUCGAGGCGGAGAAGCGCGCCAACGGCAAGAAGGGCAAGAAGAAGAAGAAGGGCGGCGGGGCGGGCGGGGCGGGGCCGUCGCAGGAGCCCGAGGAGGGUACCGAGGCGCCGUCGGAGGCAGACGCAGCCGAGGCAGCGAAGAAGGCCGAGGAGGCGAGGCUUCUCCUGCUUCUCGAGACGCUCACCGAGGAGAGGAUGCGAUUCGGCAUCACGGCGGAGAGCCAGGCGGCGGCGGCGGCAGAGGUGGCCGAGGCGGCGCGGCUGGCCGAGGAGGCGGAGGCGGCGGAGGAGGAGGCGGAGGCGGAGGACGAGGCUGCCGCAGAGGAGGAAGCGGUGACUGAGGCGGCGGCGGCGGCGGCAGCGGCGGCGGUGGCGCUGGCGGCGGCCGAAGCGGCGGCGGCCGAGGCGAAACUGGCCGCUGCCAAGGAGAAGCGCGCGGCCACUGCCGCUGCGAGGGCCAAGGCGGCGGCCGCCAGGAUGGCGACGCCUAGGCGGAUGGAGACGCGAGGCGGCGACGACGAGACGCGCCUGCUGCGUCGGCGCGUGCAGGAGAUGGAGCAAGCCAACCUGGAGCUGAAGAGCGAGUUGGCGGACGUGGAGCGCCGGAGGCGACACCUCGCGGGAAUGGUUUUCCGCCUCCAGAGGCGGAACGCCGUCCUGUCGGCCGCGGCCGAGCAGCGCAGCGGCGCCGUCUCCUUCCUGAAGAAGGGGAGCGGCUUGUGGUCGCGACAGGUGCAUAUUUUGUCGACGAUGCUCGCGCGCUGGCACGUCGACAACGUGGUCGAGCUCUGCUUGAAGACGCUCUACUUCAUGAGAAGCGGGCACGCGGCUCGGACUCACGUUGCACUUGUCGACCCAGAGUACGCCGAGGCGGUGGCGGCGCGCAACGCGAGCUGA